GACCAAUGGGAGCGCUGGAAGUAUCAGCCAACCUCUCGUCCAGUGAAUCAGUCGGAAUUCUGGUCUCGUAAAUAUUGCGAGUUGGGACGUUCUUCGCAACUGAGGUCAUCGGGCAGUCGUCCGGAACUACGAAUAUUCGGUUUCGGGCAUGACACGAGCGCAUGGAAGGACACAAAUUUUGCUUUGAAAGAGGGCUUGUUGACCCGACCCCUCCCCCCAGAUUCUAUCGCCACCAAGUUUGACCGAACAGCAGCCUUUUGCAAGUGGACCUGA